AUGAUUGAAGGUUUUAUAAAGGUAGAAAACACGGAGUCAACCUUCUGACAUUUUAUGCGUAGGGUCCGCAAGCCAUUUCUUCAAAACGAUCCAAAAAAUAUGUUUUUCACACUGUUCGAUAGAGGAGACUGUCCAUUUUCAUAAUCCGUUUAGUUUUUGAAAAAAGGUCCACUAAGAAAAAAGUUAUGGCCAGAAAACUAGCGCGCGCGGCGUACAACUGGAGGCAAAAUCUCACGGUUUACCCGCUGCCGCACGCUUUCUUUUUAAAUGUUUUUGCGCAUUUCUGGACCGCUUUUAAAUCGGUUUUCUGUUCUGAGAGGUUGUCCGGACUGAGCCUCAUGUUUUGGUAUGAAUCUUUUGUACAAUCCUCAUAAGAAUUUUUUUGAUAAAAUAUCAAAAAAACUACUUAGAAAAAAAGGUCAGAAGGAAUUUUUCAGCUUAUUUUUUUCUUUUUUUCUACUCAGAAAAAAAUUAUUAUCAUUCGAUUUAGAAAAAAAGAAAAAAAUGAAAAAAAUAAUGUUAAUUCGAAAUUAAACAGGAAAAAAAGUGCAAUUUGACUCCGAAAAAAACGGCUCCUGCGACAUUUAAAAUGGCGCAUUGGUGUGUUUGACGCAAACACAGCUACGAAUGCUUGCACGAAUUCUUCCAAAAUUUCAAAAAAAGUUGCCAUUUUUUCGAGGUUUUCAAAGCCGUUAUUUUUUUCGCGUCGUUAGAUUUUUUUCAUAAUUUUUUCAUUGAUAGAGUUUUGAACGCUUAAUAACAUAAUCAAAAAUAUAGACGCGAUCCUAUUCUCUCAUGCGUCAACGAGGCAGGCGAAAAAAGGAGGUUUUGGUAAAAUUCAAAUAUAAUUUAAUUCGCUGUCCCAAUAAUUAAUUUCAUUCUAAAUUUUUAUUUUUGAACACAUUGUGAGUUUUUAAAUCAAAUAAAAAGUAUACCAUGUCGCUGAAAUUUUUUCGCAUUUCAGCUUCAAAGUUUGGUGUCACUUUACAAGCUUCGAUUUUUUUUUCGCGUCGUUAGAUUUUUUUAAAUUUUUAUUCAAAAAAUAAAGAAAGUGUUAAUGUAUAACAUACUCAAAAUUCGGAAGCGUUCCUCACUUGGUUUUCAGAAACGCGACGAUUUUGUGAAACUUGUCAGUUUUUUUCGUGUUAAAUCUUACUUUUUCGCUUAUUUUUGAAAAAUACAUAGUUUUAAAAAGAUAUUCAGUCUUGUAGAGCGUUGUCGAUUACAUAGAUUAACAGAAACAGUUCCUUUUUAAAGUGGGCCUUUAGCUAGUAUAAACGCCUCAAAACCGUUUCUGCAACAAAAAAAUCGUCAUUUUGGUGGCAUGAAGGGGCGGGGCUUUGCGCCCCCUAUUUAUGCGCUUCCUAAUUUUCCAGAGUGUUUGUAUAGACGAUUCAAGGCUAGCUUGGGACGCAAAAAAGGCGUGGCCUGUCUGUACUCUCAACUAACCAAGGCACUGUCUCGUCUAUUUUCGUGGCAGGACCCUUUUCUCGAUGGCUCAAGCCAGCCGUGAAUCAGCUAUAUUAAACAGCGAAAAUCUCGCAUUUCGGCGAAAACAAUCAAUAAUCAAUCAAUCGAUUGAAUAGAAUCCGCGACGGCUUCGGCUCCGUUGUUCAAACCGAACUCCGAUUGCCAACUCUACGCGCCUCGGUCUCACCGCCGCGGCGGCCCUUCUGACAUCAAAAUGAGCCAUUCUGACAGCAGUAUCUACGGUAGGAAACAGGAAUCAGAACGAAAAAGAACGGAUUCGAUUUGAGAACACACCGAAUCGACGGCCGGACACUCUGGAAGGGCGGCCGCCGAUGGAACUUGGGGACGGAUUGUCAAGGAGAGGAAACGGCAGAGCAACGCCGGACAGAUUGAGAGUACCAGCAAUGCUUUGAGAAGGUUCGGUGAGAAGGAUAAUUGUCUGACCUGUCUGCUCCCUCCUCUCGCUUAACGAGAGUUAAAAAUGUCUGACUGAUCUGCGCCCUCUUUUUUCUCACCGGCAGUGAAAAAUGCCUGACCGGUCUGCGCCCUCUUUUCCCUCAGCGGCAGUUGAAAAUGUCUGACCGGUCUGCGCCCUCUUUUCCCUCGUCGGUAAUGUCACAGAAGCAUUAAACUUGCCUCAUCUUGAAUUUUUUUUUUUUUGAAAAGUUUCCGGAAGCAUACAGUUCUUUUCGCCUUUUAACUCAUUACCGAUCGAUUUUUUCCGGAAAAAAGCUGUGAUAUUAUGACGUCAUCAAGUUUGAUGCGAACAUUUGAAGCUUAGAAAGCUGGUAAUGAAACUAAUUAUAACCAUUCAUAGAACUUCCAUGCGGAAACUUUAGGCUUUCCUCAGUUGAAACUUUCUUUUUUGAGAAGCUUCGUGUACACAAAGUAUACAGUUAGAUUCCUCAUUGAAUCCUUUAUCGAUCGAAUUAUUUUAGGGAAAAGCUUCGAUGUAAGCUGGAAAGUUAUAUGAAGUCGUCGUUUUUGACCGGAAAAACUUGAAGAUUAAGGGCUAAUAAGUAAACUAAUUUUAGUCAGUUCAUAAUCAGUUAACGAAAUUAACAAAGUUUCGAAUCUGGAAAGUUGGAAGAAUGCGAUUUUUUUAUUUUAAAAAAAUAAGUUAAAAAUUAUGGUUUUUGACGGGAGGCUUUAAUUUUUUUGAUCAUUGUUCGGUCUCAAUUUUUUUCAGUACUUGAGACCUUUCUUUUGAAGAGACAAGUUUAUUGUUCCUUUCUGACGAACGGCCCUUAGUUUUCCUUUUUUUUAAAAACCAAUUUUUCAGUUGUCGGAACCUCCUUUGCGCGACGGGAUUCGCUGGAGGAUCUCUAAUCGCAGAAGUUCUUCUCCUGAAUUCCAGAAUCCUUGGAGCAACGAACUCAGCCAUCGUCAAUUCCUUUGGAGAAUGCCAAACUCCUCUGUGAGAUCUUCCAGAUGUGGUUUUUCAACUUGAAGCAAGUUUCCAGAGACCAGUACAAGGAGCUCAAGGUGAUGAACAACUAUUUCGGAAUAGGCCUCGACGCGAAAAUCGCCCUGGAGUUUCACAAUAAACGGGAGGAGUCGGAGAAGGUUGGUAUAGACGAUUUUUCAGUUUCAGAUCUUGUUUUCUUGAUAAGAAUCCAUUUCUAUCAUCGUUAGUGAUUACACAUAAACUUGCUGGAAAAAAAUGAGAGCGGUUUUGACCUGAAAUUUAAUUCGAAAAAUAGUGUCUAUUUUUUUUCAAGUUCUGAAAUUUUUUUAAAAGGUGUUUGCGACUACGUGUUGCGUUAAAUUCCUUAAGGAUUUGAUAUUUAAAUUCUUUUUAUUUUGAAAAAGUUUUAGUUUUAUUUCAUAGAAAAAAAGGAUUUCUGAAUUUUUUUAAAAAAAGCACUUCGCUUCAAAAAAACUUCACUUCAGCUUGUAUAAAGUGUUUUCACAUAAAAAUCUAGUCGGAAAAACUACAAUUUUUUUGAGAUUUUGACUUGAAACUUGGUUGAAAAAAUUAUAAUGGCUUUUUUUCGAGAUUUUGUGACUACAUAUUGUGUUAGAGCGCGUAAGGGUUUUAUAUCAAAAGUUCUUUAUUUUUUUAAAAAUUUUGUUUUUUUCAUAAAAAAGAGCUUUUUAACCGAUAUUAGAAACCAUUUUUUUCUUAGAUACUCCAUUUCAGGAUGAAUAAAGGGGUUUUGACCGGAAAUUUACAGGUAAAACUAGAUUUUUUUGGAGAUUUUUUCCUGAAAUUCAGACGAAAAGGUAAAUUUUUGGAGAUUUUGACCUGAAUUUAGUCGGAAAAACUAGUUUUUGAAAGUUUUAACCGGAAAUUUACAAGGAAAACUCAAUUUUUGUUGAUUUCAACCUGAAAUUCAGUCGAAAAUCUACAAUUUUUUCUUUGAUUUUGACAUUUUUUUCAGACGAGAAGCAGAUCGAAGCUUUUCAUGUGGUAUGGGAUGCUUGGCGGGAAGGAGCUCAUGCACAGAACCUACCGAAAUUUGGACCAAAGGAUUCGAUUGGAAUGCGACGGAGUUCCAAUCGAUUUGCCUUCCUUGCAAGGUGAGCGAAAAAAUUUGGUUGAAACUAUUAGAAAAAAAAUUUAGUUCGAAGUUCUUAUGAAUUUAUAAGAAGCAUUUCCGUGCAAAAAAAAAUAAUAGAUUGGCGUUUCUUAAUGAAAAACAUCAACAAGGGGCUAAGUAAUUAAAAGAGCCUAAACCCCUCUAGGGGCCACUUAGAUUUUAUCCCUACAGGGAGCCCUAUACUGAUCGAUCAAUUUUUUAUUUUCAUUGAAAGUCCUAACAAAAAAUAAUAGAAAGACCGUAAAUUCUUAAAGAGGCCUCUGUAGGGACGACUUAGGGGCCUUAGGGUUCAGUCCCUAAACCCCUCUAGUGGCCACUUAAAUUUUAUCCCUUCAGGGAGCCCUCUUUCGUCCCUUAUAAGGGCUGUUUUUCCCUAACCCCUAUAGAUGACCAUUCUGACGUUCUUGAGAAAGAUUUUUUUGAAAUUCUUACACCUUCCGCCAAGUAAUCAGAAUAGCCCGAACCCCUUUUGGGGACACUUAGAUUUUAUCCCUUCAGGGAGCCCUAUUUCGUCCCCUACAAUGGCUGUUUCUCCCUAACCCCUAUAGGGACCAUUCUGACGUUCUUGAGAAAGAUUUUUUUUGAAAUUCCUCCGCCUUCCCCGGAAUUCUCAAUUUCCUCUCUUUUUUAGUUCCCGAAAAAAAGGCUUUCUAAUAAAAAAUAAUUAAAAGACCCUAAACCCCUCCAUGGGUCACUUAAAUUUCAUCCCUUCAGGGAGCCCUAUUUCGUCCCUUAUAAGGGCUGUUUGAACACGUUUCAUCUUUCAAAAUGAUUUCCAGGAAUUGUCAUUCUCAAUAUCCCUUCCUAUUCUGGCGGAGCCAACUUCUGGGGAAACGCCAAAGACGACACGUUCACUGUCCAGAGCUUUGAUGAUCGCGUUCUGGAGGUAGUUUUGAAGUUCUACAGGACUUCAAACCCUGAAAAGACUCCAAAGAAACUUCGAAUUCAGGUGGUAGCUCUGUUCGGAGUUAUCCACGUGGCCACCAGCCGUGUUCCCAACGUUGUUCGACUCCAGAACCACCGCAUCGCCCAGUGUCGCCAUGUUAGAAUAGUCAUCCUCGGCGAUGAAUCGAUACCUGUUCAGGUUUCUUAGCUUUUUAUGAUAGUUCUGCUUAUUGAAAUUGGCUCAUUUGAUUUAUUGAUUGAUUGAUUGAUUGAUUGAUUGAUUGAUUGAUUGAUUGAUUGAUUGAUUGAUUGAUUGAUUGAUUGAUUGAUUGAUUGAUUGAUUGAUUGAUUGAUUGAUUGAUUGAUUGAUUGAUUGAUUCAGGUGGACGGAGAACCGUGGCUUCAACCGCCCGGUAUCAUGCAAAUCGUCCACAAAAAAAUCGGGCUCAAUUAUUGGUUCGAAAUCCGGUUGGUUUUCAAGAUUCUAUGCAGAAAAAUCGUUACAUUUUAACUUAUUGAUUGAAUUUUAGAGAAGAUUCUUUAGUGGUUUAAAAUAACAGUGUUUAUUGCAGAAAUAAGCCGAAAAAUGGCGAAACUUUGGAUUUUUGGAAAUUGAGAUUGAUAACUUGUAUGGUAGGAGUCUUAGAAACUCAUGCUUCACCUUAUUUUUCCAAUUUUUGAGUGAAUUUCUCAGAAAAAUAACCCAAAAAACGGUUUCUAGUUUGUUAUAACUAAAAAAGGGAGCUGGACCCCUUCGAUGUUUCUAAGAGAACAUAGGUCUGAUAAAUUUGAAUGAAGUACAGAAAAAAAAAAGUACCCCCCCCCUCUCUUUUUGAUUUUUUCUGUUUCACAGCCCGUUGGAAUAUGGAACCUAUUUCAAUUUGACAGUUUUCCAACUUUCUAUACUGUCGAGUUCGAAUAGACAGCGGCGGAUUAUUGAGAAUCCAGAGAAAGAGAGAUACUUGAUUUCUCUGUCGUCUCUUCAGAAAGCCGUUGAUCUCGCUUUUCAUCUUUCAUCAAUACCAAAAAACCUUUUCAUUUCAUCAAAAACUUUAUAACAGAAAGAACAACAGUUCAUUAUCACAUUUAUCACAAACUCGUAUUAAAUUGACUAUUUACAGGUUUUCGACGCCACUCUGAAAAAGUGGGAGGAGCAGAAGGAGCGGACGACGACGGCGCCAUCGACGCCGACCGCCCUGUCGGCCCAGGAGGACGUCUCCUUCAGAAGACGUGCUUCUGAAUUCGUGCGGCUUGUAGAGUCGGAGAUCGCCCAACUCGGCGUCUCCUCGGCUUUUCUAGAAGCUCUAGACGCGGCCUCGACAGCUCUCCGUGGCAACGGAUCAGCCGAUGAGGAUGAAGUGGUUGGUUUGACUUUCAAGUUGUUACUUAAGGGGUGGGAGAAGGUAGACUGA